CUGUUUUUAAUAUUUUUUCAUAUUUUAAUCCAGGGCAUUAAAACCCUGAAAUGAAAUCUUCUCUGAUCUCUCCUUCAUCCCGGAUAAGAUAAGACUCCAUUCACAAAAACCUGCAAACAACCAACCCUCUCGGAGCUUCAACAAUGGCGGCAACAGCAGCUCAAUGUCUCUACCUUUCCGGUAGGUUUCAGUCCAUCUCUCUUUCCUCUUCACGCCCUUCCGCCACCGCAUUCAAGCCUCUCAGCUUCUCUGCCAACACUUCAUCAUUCAACGCCUUCUCCACUGGAUUAGUGUCUGUAAACCCUAUUAUCGGGAGGCAAUCUGGUAGGUCGAUUUCAAUUGUGUGUGAGGCUGGGAAGAAAGCUGAUUCUGCAGCCAAGAGAGCUCGUCAAGCUGAGAAGAGGCGUCUGUAUAAUAAAGCUCGCAAAUCUGAAAUUAGAACUCGGAUGAAGAAGGUUCUGGAAGAGUUGGAUGCACUCAGAAAGAAGACCGAUGCACAGCCUGAAGAGGUUAUUGGUAUUGAGAAGCUGAUUGCAGAGGCUUAUUCGGUGAUUGACAAAGCAAUACAGGUAGGGACAUUGCACAAGAACACUGGGGCGAGGAGGAAAUCGCGUCUCGCUAGAAGAAAGAAAGCUGUAGAGAUUCACCAUGGCUGGUAUGCGCCUGAACCUACACCUGCCACAGCCACUGUUUGAGAUAUGUAUCUUUUGGCAUCUUUGCUAUUGUAGAUUAUGUAUUUGGAGGAAUUUUUUUAGCAGAAUUCAUACUCAAUGUUCAAGCUAUUGAGCCCUGUGAUUUGUUUAUGGUUUCACCUUUUUGAUAUAAAAAGUUAUGACUAGUUUUAUCUA